AUGGCGACCAACUCCGACGCCCUGCAACAGUCCUCUGUCUCCGACCCAAUGGACCAUCACGACAUGGCCAUGCUCACGCGACGGAGCACGCGAUCAUUUGUUGAGGACGAACUCGAAGCCGACGUACGAGAGCUCCGGCAAUCAUCCACAGAAUCCGCCAAGAGUUUGGAAAGCCAGCUCAGCCAGCCAUAUCCAUCCAGUCAAACGAGCCAAACGAGUCAAGCGAGUCAGACGAGUCAGUCGAGUCAAUCCAGCCAGUAUCCAGACUUGAUCUCGAGCGCAGGACAGCACGGACUGUCAGUACGCACUUACAUGGACUCGAGCACGGGCGCGUUCAGUAGCGUCGCCAGCAGUCGUGCCAGUACCGUCUCCUCCUCCUACUCCUCAUUGUCAACACCUUCCAGUGUAGGUGGCGACGCGACCCCGGUCGAUCUUGACGAAGAUGCGUUCCAGAAUCUUGACCUUGAUAUCCCAGAGGUGUCGCCGGGAGCACCAGUCAAUUUUGGCUUUGUGAUGCCGGGCCUGUUCCGGGGUAGCUACCCAAAACCAGAGAAUUACGACUUUCUCGAAACACUGAACCUAAAAACCAUUGUUACUUUGGUGGAUAAGAACUACACGGAUGAGUACCGGGACUUUAUCGACCGGAAUCACAUCACCCACCAUAUGUUUGCAAUGAAGGGCACGAAGAAGGAGGAUAUCCCUCUGGCGACGAUGGAAGCCAUCCUGAACAGCGUCCUUGACCGUCGAAACUAUCCGCUCCUGAUCCACUGCAAUCAAGGCAGACACCGGACAGGCUGCGUGAUUGCCGUUUUGCGCAAGAUUGCUGGCUGGGACCGCACCGCCGUGACAGACGAAUACCGCGCCUACGCAGGCAGCAAGGUGCGCGAGUGUGACGUGAACUACAUCCAAUCGUUCGCCCUGUCCAGUAUCGAGAAAUUGCUCGCCAGAGACGACCUCGACAUCGACGAGCUCAUUGUCAACAGCCGAAUUGGCGCGCCCUUGGUCGGCCGGCCCCCUCCGACCACGGUUGGAUUUCGUGUGCCCAACUUUUUUCGCGCCAGUUUCUUUUCAAUGACGGUGCUGCUCAUCUGGAUGCUGUCGGGAUCCAAGAUGUCACCACCAGCACGGGCAUAA